AAAUUUUUGCCUUUCCUUUAGAUAUCCAAGUUUGUUCAUCUGUAGGAUUUCAAGGCAAGCUCUUCUCAGAGUAAUUCUCAUCUACCAAUGGCCUUAGGAAGCAUGGAGAGAUUUCUUAGUCUUCAAGAUAUUACACCCGACUUCCUGGAUGCGGUAAAGUUCCUGCAAAAAAGCCUAUUGGAAAAAUCGGGUGAUGGAGAUAAGAAUUUUAAAGACUUGGCAUUCUCGGUUGGAGAAAUCUUGAAACGUAUCCAGACUGCACAUAAAUAUUGUGACUUGGCUGAUAAAAAUCUGAAGGAUCCCACCAUAUCACAGGAUGAGAUGGACGUGUAUAUGAAAGAGUUUCAAAUGUGGAAAGAAAAUUUAGAGAAGGCUAAGAGUGAUUGGAUAUCUAUCAGGAAACGCAUAGAUGAGCUUAGUUCAAGCGAAAGGAAGAUCGUGGAAGAAGAAAUAACAUUGGAAGCUCUGCAUGAGAAUCCCCCUAAGCAGGGCGAGACAUCGAAGGACACUCAACCAGAUAAGGAUAGCGAUGGAUCAAAAAAAAGCAAAGAAACCCCGGUCAAGAAAAAAUUAGGAAAAUGCUGCAUUCCUUUCAAUCAGUAAUAUUGAAAGAGCUAUUGGAAGAACUUAAUGAUCCAGACAUGACUGAUGUUUCGAGUGAAAUUGAAAGGAGGAAGGCAGCACAUGAAGGAUAGGAUAGAUCUACAUCGAGCUGUUAACUCAUGAUCUUCAUUAUUUUUUUGGAUGUAUUUGUAAUUUGUUGGUGAACUUAAUGUUAGGGUGAUGGUAUUGAUUUUUUUUUUAUUUUUUUAUGGUGAAUUGCCAUUUUGAGUUUGUAUGGAUUGGUUUAAUUUUAGGAUGGAUGAAUGUAUUCGUA